AAAUUUCGCAGUGUUAAAUAUGCUGUGUUAAAAUUGAUUGACUCUUUCAGAGCUAAUACAACAACAGACUGAGUAUAAUGCCACCUAGUGUUGGUGUAAAUUUCCAGAGUGUAUUCUCGUCGUGUCAAUUUGACUCUGACAAGCUCCGCCCACCUCCUCCUCUCAAACCAACAAGUCUAACCGUUGUGUGGACGCCAUUUUUCUCCUGCUCGAACGACUGCGGAACCAUGUUGAUUAAAACAAGACUUGGCGAGCUGCAAAAAUUUGUCCGACUAACGGAGCCGAAUCUGAAGGAGUUUUUGACAGCAGCAUCAUCCGAAGAAGGAUCUUGUCAACAAGGGCUUGGAGGACCAGCUGCUAGACGAGACACCAAGUUUGUUCCAGAGACUGUCCUGAGUGAAGAAGAGUGCAAGGAAGCCAUCGCACUGAUUAAGCAUUCAGCUGAUGAGGACAAAAUCAAGAAGAUGAAGCUCACAUUUGACUUCCGGCGCAACAUGGUCCUUGACUCCCAACGGUCAAGCAACAUACUCUCUGUCUUUCCACGUUUCAAAGAUGUCAAAGGCUUGGUGGAGCAGGAUUUUGUCCUGAUGUUUGGAGAAGAUGUGUCUGGCAAGUUUCUGGAAAAAUGGACGACCACGUUCAAGAGAAAGAUCAUCCAACAAUGCAGGGAGCUUCCAACCACCAGUGACCUUGAAGAACUUCUCCUGGCAGCUGAUACUCCUGAGGAUAGCACUGAAGUGGAUAAUGACAUGAGUUGGGACAGUGACCUCUCAUCGAUUUUGCUGCUGCUACACCUGAUUCCCCCCUCUGCCUUGGGUCGUAAGAGACCAGGGAAGGUAUCUGCCUCCCAAGCAGAGAAGCGUCUUGUGGUCUUCAAGAAGACAGGAACCAACAUCCAAGAACAUCUUGAUGCCAUCACGACGAGCACACAACCCUAUCUCCUUGCUGUGGGAUGGAGGAAGAAAGUAGCCCACCAGUUCUUCAUCAUCCUUGACAAGAAUGCCAUUGCUUGCAGGUCAACAUCCUCUCUUGGUGCUUUUGAUGAACUGUUUAAGGCACAUUAUGUGUUUGCCACAACAUACAUGUUCAUGGUUACUUGGAUGGAAAAACUCUUUGCCUUAAAUGUACUCUGUCAACUUCGAGCCGUCAAUGGGAUGUACACCAUGUGAUGUUACUGUGACAAAAGUUA